AUGAAAUAAAUUAAGAUACAAAAUUCUAAUAAGUGCAAAUAUGUUGCACAAAUAAAAUCAAGCAAGGCUAUGAUGCAAUAAAAUAGAGUUCUUAUUUAAUAGGGAAAAAGAAGCAAAAAAAAUUACCCAAGCAGUUAAUCUAAAAAAUAAUAAAAGUAAUAAUUCAAUUUAGCGACCUUUUAGCAUGCUCUUAGAGAUAAAGUUUCUAGAGUUGAGAAAGAAAUUUGCAAAUGCACAUUUUUGGUUAAAUAUAGAGAAUUCGAUAUUUACCUUAAAAAUAAAGGAGUUAAUUUAAAAAAAAAUGCUAAAGGACUUUAGUUUCAAUUAUAUCAAAAUUGCUGGCAAAAUUGAUAAUCUCAAAGCUAAACAAGGAUUUAGCGUUUUUCAAAAUUUAGAAAUAGGGUAGUAAAUAAAUUAAAAAAGAAAGCCCUAGAUUUAUCGUAAAUUAAUAUCAAACUAUACAACAUUGUAAUAAGUAUGAUAAUUAUAAAAAGUAUAUAGCCCAAAGGAUCCUAUUAAUGAAAAGAGAAGACAACAAAAAGCAACAGCUGUAGAAAAAGUAGAUGAAGAGAAAUCAUCGAAAGUAUGUAGAUUAAAAAAAAUAAUGUAUUUUCAUUUAAGUUUAGAUUGAAAAUUCAUUCCAAAUUACAAAAAGUAAUUUAGUGUUAGUUCGUAUGCAUGCUAUUUUAGCCAUCAACAAUACUAUCAUUUCUUCUAGAGACAGGAAAAAUUCAAAAAAUCUUUAAAAAGUAAAUAAGUAUUUACCAAAGUUUUGAUACUAACAAGUUAAGUAUAGAGUUUUAAAUCACCUAAUUAGAAUUUGAAAACGUCAAUAAAAUUCAUUAAGAGAAAUGGAAAUUAAAUAUGCAAAAUUUGAGUAAAGAAAAAAGGAAUCAAGAUUAGUAAUCUACUUUUAAAUUACAAGAAAAAGAAAAGUUGAGAAAUAAAUUGGCUGUCUAAUCAUUUUCCUUCUAGAUGUUAAUAGCUUUAAAUAGAAUCCGCUCUGUGGAUCCUUCUUUUCUUAAUUUUACUAUUUCUUUAUAAAAUUUGUUUCAUUAUUGCUAUAGUUCUACAAUCACUAAUUCUUCAUUUAUUUUAUUUGAAACAAUUUAAACUAAUUGGAAAAUAUACUUGAUAGAAAAACUUAUUUUUAAUUCUUUUUAAUAUUUUUUAAGGUUGAAAAAAUCUUUAGUAAGAGUUCUCAUCAAAAUAAAAAUUUAUUUAUAUAGAACUAAACUUUAUUAAAGCUUUUCAUUUGAUGUUUGGCCUUUAAUGAAUUAAUUUUUUAAAUUUAAUUGAACUUAGGGAGUUUUAAAUUGCUGAGGCUGAAAAUUAACAAUUUUUUAAGUUCAAUCAUUUAAAUUUGACUCGAACUAGUGAUGGAAACCUAGAUAUAAUUUCUCACUUUCUCAGAUUUCUUAUUUCGAAUUAAUACAUUUUCAAACUGAUUGAUAUAAUAAUUGAAUAAAUAAUUUUGAUUGAGAAAUCCAUCAUAGAACCUGAUGUGCCAAAGAUUGAUCCAAUAAAAUUAGUAAAUCAAGAAGAAUUAAACAAUUAGAGAAACUCUGUAUUAUUUAUUAUAAUCUGUUAGUAUCCCAGAGCAAUUAAUUCAAAGAUAUCAGCUAAUAGAUUUAUCACUUUAUCAAACUACAACAAGAGAACCUUUCAUACUAGAUAAAAAAUCAGUAAAUCUAUCAUAUUAGUUAUAGAUUAGAUUAAAAGUCUAACCUUAUAUACGAACUCUAAGUUUAUUGUGUAAGGAAAAAUAUAUUAUCAAGCAACCUAUUUUAAAAUAAUAAAUUUGACUAAUCUACAUUCAGAAAUAGUAGCAAUGUUUCUGAAAAUCAUGAUGGUGAAACCCAAUCAGUUUUAGUUAAUCUGGCAUUUUGUCUUGUAAUGA